UUUCAGUGAACAAGAAAUAAGAUUCCCAUGAUGAUUUUCCAGGAGAGACUUUGAGUUAAGGCUUUUUAUACUUAACAAGUGUUGUCAUCUGUAAUGAAGAUCACUGAAAAACAGAAGAUUGAAUAAAGCCUUGUAAAUUGGAUCUGGAUAGGACAUUUAGAAAAGAAAAUUACUCACGUUGGUUUUAGUGUUUCAAUUUCAUAUUUAUUCUUUUGAAUAAAUUUAAGUAGUAGAAGUUAAAAUUCAGUGCUAUACUAACAGAUGCACUAAUACUAUUUUUUUUCUUUUUUUUUUUUUGUAUGAGAGAAGAAAAUAGAUAACCAAGAGCUCUAGUGAUUCAUAAUGAAAUACACUAAAUUGCACUUUAUGUUGUCAGUUCUUGGCAUUAUAAUCUAUAUAACUGAUUUAAUUGUGGACAUUUGGGUAUCUGUCAGGUUUUUCUAUGAAGGACGAAAUGUUUUUGGUAUUUUAACAGUAAGCUUUAUGCUCUUUGGAACACUUGUGGUACAAUGUUUUAGUUACUCUUGGUUCAAGGCUGAUUUAAAGAAAGCAGGCCAAGAAAGUCAGCACUGUUUUCUUCUACUUCAUUGCUUGCAAGGAGGAGUUUUUACAAGGUAUUGGUUUGCCUUGAAAAAGGGUUAUCACGUGGCUUUCAAAAAUAUCAGCAAAACUGAUAACUUUAUAGAAGAACAAAUUGAUCCACAUAAAGAAGUUAUAGAUAGAAUGACUGAUUUGAGCAUGCUCAGGCUAUUUGAGACCUACCUGGAAGGCUGCCCACAAUUUGUUUUGCAGCUCUACAUCUUUCUGGAACAUGGUCAAGCAAAUUUCAGUCAGUAUGCAGCCAUUAUGGUCUCUUGCUGUGCUAUUUCUUGGUCAACUCUUGAUUAUCAAGUAGCUUUAAGAAAAUCCUUGUCUGAUAAAAAUCUUCUUAAAGGAUCCUGUCCCAAAUUCACAUACCUCUUUUACAAGUUAUUUACAUUAUUAUCUUGGAUGCUGAGUAUUGUACUUCUUCUAUUCUUAAAUGUUAAGAUUGCAUUAUUUCUAUUGUUAUUUCUUUGGUUUUUAGGGUUAUUGUGGGCAUUUAAAAAGCAAACUCAGUUUUGUGCUUCUGUAAGUAUGGAAUUCUUAUAUAGAGUUGUUGUUGGAUUCAUUCUUACUUUUACUUUUUUUAAUAUUAAGGGACAGAAUACCAGAUGUCCAAUGUUUUGCUACUAUAUUGUAAGGGUACUGGCCACAGUGGGGAUAUUGGUUGUGUUCUGGGUUUCCCCAGUCUCUGUUUUUAAUUCAGACUAUUUUAUGCCCAUCAGUAUCACUAUAGCUCUUAGUCUUGUCCUUGGAAUUAUUUUUCUUAUUGUUUAUUAUGGGACUUUGCACCCAAACAGAAAAGAAGAAGCAAAACCUGAUGAAAUUGAUGGAAAAACAGCUCAAGGAGAUUGUAGAAUGAAGUAUUUUAUAAUGGACUAGCUAUUAAUUUGUGAGAUAUGUUUUCUUACUUCUUUGUUUCAUUGAUUAAUAAAGAAAAUGUUAUUAUAUGUGUUCUUAUUUUUGCCCAUUUAUUUUUUAU